AUUAACACACAAAAUGAAAACCAUAUUUCGCGUCGUUUUUUUAACACUUCUAACAUUCAUGUUAUUUGAAUGGAACAUUUUUACUACAGCUACGAAAAAUACAAUUAAUUUUGAACGGGCUACAUGUGCAAAGAGUCCAAAUGGAAAUAUCUCAUAUUUAAAAUGUGAUAUCAGACACGUGAGCCGAAGACACGUUCGAGUUGAUGUGGCUCUAAAUUUAACCAAACCGGUGAAAGAAGCGCUAAUGCAUAUUGUUCUAUAUUAUAAAUACAAUACGUAUCAACGCUUUGCUAUAAACCUUUGGGAGGACGCUUGCUUUUGGAUAAGUCACAUGAAAAAAUCAUUCUUCCUCGAUUGGACACUUAAAAGAUUUUUCAACCUUCCAACGAACAUCAACAACAUUACCAACAUAAAUCACCCUUGUCCAUAUGAAGGGUUUGUUUACGUCAAAAUCAACAACGUUUCGGUAGAUCAAUUCCCUUUCGAACAGUUUAUUCCCAGUGGACGAUACAGACUUGAUGUUGAUUUUACUCGUCAUGAUAAGAAAACACUGUAUGCGAGUGCAAAACUGUAUUUUUCUGUGUCUGAUCUACGUAUUGAACAGUUUUGA